UGCAAAUCUAGAUGUUUGAUCGUCGUCUACAUAUAGCUCAAUGACCUGUCGACCUCUGUCUUUCAAUGUGGUUAUACCCAACGGAGAACUUGCCCAGAUCAGAAGAUGGGUUCUUGACCACCCUAACAAAGAAACGGGAGGAGAUCUCUUCGGACUUUGGUCAAAAGACAACACCGCCGUUGUACAAUUUGUGCUUGGUCCAGGAAAAAGGAGUCGUCGCACAACAAUGUCGUACUUUCAAGAUACAAAAUACCUUGCUGAGAGUGACUCCGUUAUAACUGAGCAGUAUGGUCUUUGCCACAUCGGUGAGUGGCACUCUCAUCACACUCUGGGCUUGGCUCGACCGAGUGAUGGAGAUCAGAAAACGGUUUGGAGCAACAUGCCCAACAAUGGCUUCAAGCGUUUCAUCAUCUUCAUUGCAAACUUGGAAAAAGAGACGCGAAGCAGGACGAGAGAUGUAGAGCUCCGUGGAGGCACUGGUCUGGGCUGCUUCCUAUUUCAAGUGAAAGAUACGAAAUCUUGGGAACAAUAUGAUGUAAUGCAAGGAUAUUUUGAUGUUACUAACGGACAAAGCCCGUACAGACAUGAACUGGUCCCGAUGAUUGGGAAAGGUGCUGAGACUCUCUACAAAAGGCAUGAAGUUGCAGUUGAACAUGUACAAUCAUCACGAUCACAAGGAUAUGAACUCGGUCAUAUACUGCUCUACAGCAAAGACCAAGAAAGAUUGAUAUUGCUUCCACAUCCACAACCACAACAGCAGCGACAACGACAAGAGCAAAUACAACAGCAAGAGAUACAGCAACGACAACAACAACAACAACAACAACAACCAUAUCUAACAACACAACUACUACCACACGAACAACAACAACAACAACAACAACUGUCAUCUCUAACAACUUUAACACCCACUCCAACUAUCAACAACUUCCAUCAGGAUCCACAGAGUCUACUGGUUACCCGCAUACCAGACAUUCCACUACUGGAGCUUACCCUAGAUCAUCUCAACACAACUGGCCUCAAGAAAGUGUCCAGGAACAUCAACCUGCCUAUUUUGAUCAACGGAAAGCCACCUCAACACCAGCUAAUCGUGUACCACAACAAGUUUCCCAUCUAUCACAACAACAGGGAAUCCAUCAAACAAGACAUAAUAACCCCCAAUCACUCACAAAUCAACAAGGACAACCAAACUGGCAGGCUCCCUACCCACCACAAUAUCAAGCUCCUUAUCAUUAUCAACAAGGACCACCACACUGGCAGACUCCCUGUUCACCACAACCUCAACCUCCUUAUCCUGGGCAUGUGA